AUGUCUCAACAAGCCGAAUCCAAGACAGCAGCGGACCCCGAAGUCCAGCAAACUCCUAUCUACGAUGGCCAAGGCACCGAGGAAGACCCUUUUAUAGUUGAAUUCCAAAGGGAUGAUCCAGAAAACCCAAUGAACUGGUCUCAGUUCAGGAAAUGGUUCAUCACGGCGAUAGUGACCUUCUCUGUCUUUGCCAUCACCUUUACAUCUUCAGCGUACUCUGCUUCCGCAAAUGAGCUCAUUUCAGACUUCAAUAUGAGCACAGAGGUGUUUACCGUCGGCCUCUCCCUCUUUGUUCUUGGAUCCGAACUAUACGGAAGACAAGCUCUCUGGAUCGUCUCGCACAUCGCCAUGGUAGCCUUCAUCGGAGGUUCCGCUGGAAGUCACGAUGUCGCCACCCUCUUGGUGCUGCGAUUCUUCAGCGGCACAUUUGGCGGCUCACCGCUGGUCAACUCGGGCGGUGCCAUCGCAGAUAUCUUCCCUCCAGCUCAGAGAGGCCUCGCCAUGACACUGUACUGUGUCGCACCAUUUCUUGGUCCCAUCCUUGGUCCUAUCGUCGGCGGGUUCGUCUCCGAAAACGUUGGAUGGAGGUGGGUGCAGGGCGUGUGCUGUAUCUUUAUCGGGGUGAUUGGCAUCAUCGGCGUCAUCUUUGUCCCGGAGACAUAUGGGCCAGUGCUCCUGAUCAGGAGGGCAGACCAACUUUUUAAAGCUCAUGGUAAGGUCUACAUCAGUAUUCUCGAAAAGAACCAAGGCAAGAAGAAGCCGUCGGAGGUCUUCCAGCGAGCUCUCAUACGCCCUUGGGUUCUGCUCUUCCGGGAACCGAUCGUGCUGGUUGCCUCGCUCUACAUGGCCAUUAUAUACGGCACCGUCUACAUGUUCAUGAGCGCCAUGCCCAUCGUCUACAAUGAACAGCGUGGAUGGAGCGAAGGCGUCGGCGGGCUCGCCUUCAUGGGUAUCGCUGUCGGCAUUAUCAUCGGACUAGUCUACGCCAUCUACGACAACAACAGACGCUACACGAACCUACUACUAUCAAACUCAGCAACGGCCGAAUCGCGGCUUCCACCCGCCAUCAUCGGCGCCGUCGCCCUCCCAGUCGGCAUGUUCGCCUUCGCCUGGACCAAUUACCCCCGCAUCCACUGGUCAAUUAGCAUCAUCCUCUCCGCGCCCUUCGGCUUCGGCUGCGUCCUCGUCAUCCUGCCCAUUGUCAACUACCUGAUUGAUGCCUAUACCAUCUACGCGGCGUCUGUUCUUGCAGCUGCCGCUAUCUUCCGCUCGAUCGUCGGGGCUGUGUUUCCCUUGUUCACAACCCAGAUGUAUGACAGUCUUGGGAUUCACUGGGCGAGUUCUCUACCGGCUUUUCUGACGGUAGUGUGCAUGCCGUUUCCGUUUGUCAUGUAUCGCUAUGGUGGGGCGCUGAGGAUGAAGUGCAAGUAUGCGUUCGAGGCUGCGGAGAUGAUGAGACGGAUGCAGAUGCAGCAGGCACCUGCUCCAGUCAAUGAGGAGGAAGAUUCCCCUUCUGAGUAG